CCUGGAACUGGCAAUAUGGCGGAUCACAGAAAGCAGGAUUUAAUACUUGUCGCCGCAUUUCAGAACUAUUUCGUAUAUUCCAGCCGAUUUUGUUCUUAGAACAAUGGAAUUAAGACAAAGUGAUAGUUGCGAUAUCUCGCAAUUACAUUACAAAGCAAAGCGCUGUUUGGUUCUCCGUAAUUUUGAGGAUGCACUGCAGAUUUGUUUUGAGGUGCUUGACUUGCAAAAGAUUGAUCACAGAUCAGCUCCUUCCACCAACUCUGUCAGGUGAAAAUCCUGCUUAAGAAGCGGAAAUAUUUAACUUGCAACUCUUAAUAUGACUUCUUUGGCUGUCAAGAUAUUUGACAGUCAGUGUUAUUGUUAACAAGAACAGUUCCUAAUGCAAUUUCUGUGCAUGUAAAUAAACAUGAACAAACAAACAGAAAACGGGAUUACACCAGCAAACACGAAAAAAGAAAGUAUUUAGCAAUGUGAAGGGUUUUGUAUUUACUCAAAUUUGUCCCACAUGGGCAUGUUAACACCUAAUCAGAAAGCACCAAAUCAAAUGAGGUGAUGAUGGGAUAGCCUGUUCCAGGCUUUCAGAUAGUGAAGAGUGGCAUGAGGUUAAUGGUGUGAAUGUUUAGGCUAGCAUGCAAUACUCCAGGGAUGAUUCUAGCAAGCUUUUAUGGCUGGAAUUUCCCAAAAUUGUUUGAGAUCUAGCCAGAGUGAGAGAAAACUUAAAUUGUUAAUAUAACUGUUGAAAAUUAAGCAGCUCAGCACUGGACCAUAUAUAUUUAGUACAAUUAAAAGAGUCCACGUAGAACUUAAAAUGUGAUGCUUUUAGUGCUAAGAAAUGAUGCAGUAUAACAUACCCCAUCCUGCUUUUUUGAAAGUGAGAGGGGAGACUAAUAGAUAAAUCAAUUAGUGACACCCAAUCACACAUUUUAUUUUCCAGUUUGUUUUUCUCUUGGAAAUAGGGAUUCAUCUGAACAGUGUACAAUACCAUUUGUGGUUAUUGCAAUUCAGGCCUAUGCAGAAAUCAACCAAAGUCAAGCAGCUAUUGACUUUGCAAGGAAGGUGUUUGGAAAUAUUGAAAGGUUUCCUUCGGAGGUGCUGAAGUUAUGGUGAGAGCAUGUGUGGUUAUAUCACUCCUUGAAUAAUCCUUGAGUUCUUCUCCUUAGCGAAGCAUCCUUUUCCCUUCACCUCCCCCUCCUCCACGUUUUAGUAAAACCCAAAAGUAGAAACAGCUUGUAAGCCACAUAAUGUUUUACCCAAAAUAUUCUGCUGAGAAAUGUAAGUCACUGCUUUUUGAAGAUACAUUUCCUUGAAUUACCUGUUUACAAAAAUACUGAGGAUGAAAAACGAUAUAAAAUCUGUAAAACUAAUUGUAAUAAUUGUGAGUUUCUUUUGAUGUUCAACAGCAUUUGUCUUCUCAUGAAAGCAUCAAAACAUGCAGAGGCCAUUGAAGUUGCUGAGAAAUGGCUCUGUUUUGAAGACAACUUCAGCCAACAAAAUUAUUUGGAAGUAACAGAAUUUUACAUAAAGCAUGUUUUGCUUCCUCAAAAAUUGAAUGAAAAAGUUCAGCAGUUUUUGGAGACAAACAGAGCUCUUACUCCUGAACAAAGACAGGUAUAAAAACUGAAGCAAAAUAAAUUUAAUGUACCUUGUUAUUGCCCUAAAUAUAUACAGUAAUAAACACAAGGAAAUAACAACUGUCCUGUAACACAAAAAAUGUUAAAUUACCAAACAUUUGUUUCAAAUGAAAAGACCUUUCAGUUUAUAUAAUACAAAAAUAUCUGUACAGUUGUACAGCUCAAUUCAGGUAAUUUAAAAAAAGAAUAAUGUAAAUAGAACAUAACAGGAUUAAAAACACCCAACUGGCAGGAGGCAACCAGUUGGCUAGUUACAGACAUGAACUUGUGACAAUCAAACAAUUCCAGCUGUGCAAAGUGGAACUCUGUUGGAAUGAAAAUAUUUAUGCAUGUCUCACAUCAGCACUGUCGGUACUCUAAUAACCAUGGUGGCUGGGCUUGUCACACAUUUUAAACUUUUUUAUAAGCCUUUUCUUGGACAUCACCAGCUGUGUUCUUUUAAUUUAAAGCAUUGGAAUGAUUCAGUUCCUCUAUGUCUUUGAUGAAUUCCAAGAAAUUUUUUUUAGGUCAUGCUUGAUAGUUUAACAAUGGCUAGUGAGAGAAAGGUAAAUAUGACAAUAUAAUUGUAAAAUAUUAUAACACUAUUUAAGUUAAACAUUUUUUACCAUGAAAUACUAGUGAGCAGUUAGUUGUGAUUUUACUGUCCUCUCUCACUACCUGUUUGGUAUUCUGGUCAUAGAUCUUUUUGUUAGAAAUAGUAAAGAAGCAAGUAUGGAUGCUAUACAUGUAAUUCACUAAUUUUUUUAUAACCAUGCAAAUACCACAGAUAGAGCACUCUUACGUUACUUAUUGCCAUAAUUAUAAUGAACUAUCAAUUUUUUAUUCUCAUGAUUAAUAACACCUGUGUCACCUGUGCCUGUCGAAUGCAUGGUUAAUCCUGUGCAUGUGUAAAUUAUUGUUUAUUAGGUAGAAAGCUGUUCUAAUCUUGAAGCUGGAAGAGAUGUGGGUGAAGAAAAAACACACGUUAAAACAAUGCGGAAACAAGGUAACUACCAACAAAUUUGCAACACUUGACAGAUUAUGGCUUCAAAUCUGAAAGUAAUGUUGAUAUUAUUAGUAUAGGUAAUAGCAUGAAUACUGGUAAAAGACUGAGAUGAAAUUAAUAAAGUACAUAUUCCUUCCCUGUAUUAAGUGAACAGCAGUCAAAGUCCCCAAUUUACUGUAAAUAAAACCCUUUUCAGCAGAAACAUCUAUUAGGCGGAUGUGGACACCUAAAAUGUGGAUGAAAUGGUCCUUUCUUCUCUUACAAACCUUUUUUUUGCAUUUUCCUUUGGCCAGUUUAAUGGAAUUAUUAUAUGUUGUCCCUGUACAAGUUUAGUGUCAUUAGAUCUAACACAUGAUGUUGUAUUUCUUUAGUUGUUCACAGUGUAGUGGUUAUAAGGAUGUUGUCAGUUUUAAACAAGCUUCAGAGACUGUGCAGGAAUAUCUCCUUUAGUCUCAAGAAAACCAGCACAAUUCUCAGAAUACUGAUUUUUGUGUUCUUCAUAUAUGCCCUGCUUACAGCUACUGGAUAUCAGGGUGAGUAGAGUAUUACAUUUCUAGCUUAAAACUUGGCUUUGAGAAAGCUGGAAAGAUGCUGGAGCAGACCUCUAGUGGCGAGUGAAGUCCCUUAUUAAUCAGCCAAGGAAAUAUCUUGUCAGAGUAAGACUGGAAGGAGUGAUCCAUGUUUCAAUAAAUAUUACUAAUAAUAUAAUAAUAUGCCCUACACCUCCCAGCACCAUCCCAAGGGAACUGUUUAAGCAUUCUACAUAGUUACAUGUAUGUUUUGAAUGAAUAACUUGCUCUGUGUGCCACAAAUGCAGACUGGCUAGAAAUGGAGGUAAACAUUUAUGUUGAAUGAUCACUUUUUCAUGUUACUGAUAUUUUUGUGAUGGUUAAUCAUCAGGUGUUACCUCUGGCUCAGGGAUAUUUAUUUUCUGGAAAGCAGUGAAACAGGCCUGGAGAGCCAUGUUUAGUCCCUAUCAUCUGACGUAAAAGGAUUCAGCCUCUACUAUGCAGCAGAAAGAAGGUGAAUAACCAUGGUCAAAAAUGAGACUCAUUUUGAGUGUAUUGGUGCAAGAAAUUAUGCACAAAAGACUGAUAAUGCAGUUUGGCUGGAAAAUCACUGGUGGAUCCUGCAAAACAUCUCUAAAAAUUACUCUGGCAAUGUGGUAAUUAAUUUGUAUGGGAAACACAGAGGUUCUUUGAAACUUAGAAAUUAUAAGUUUCUGUUAACAGGAAUCACAGGUAGCCAAUUCUCUUGCAAAGUGAUGGUAAAGGAAUGUGAAAGUUGUUAACUGGCUAGAAAAUGGCAUUACAUGUACAUUGUGCAGUUCAAGACAGUCAUCAAGAAGUAAUUCAUGAACAAUGUUACUCGUCCUGUGAAAUUUUCCUUUAAGGCUACUCAGCUUCAAUAAUUUGGUAAAUGAUCACACUUUUUCUAAACAUUUCAGGUAAUUUUUUAUUUUAGUUUACACGAAUACAACUAAUACAAAC